AUGAAGCACAUCGUCAUCGUCGGAGGCUCCUAUGGAGGAGUCAGCACAUCCCACCGGCUUCUCAAGCAGGCCGGGAAGUCUGGCUCAAUCAAGAUCACUCUGGUGUCGCCAAAUACCCAUUUCUACUGGAAUAUGGCAGCGCCUCGAGGCGUAAUCCCCGGGCAGUUCGACGAUGAUACACUCUUCCGACCGAUCGCGAAUGGUUUCAAGCACUACCCGGCCGGUUCAUUUGAGUUUAUCGUUGGCUCUGCGGACAGUCUCGACGCCGAGGCUAAGAAGCUCCUCAUUUCCACCCCUUCUGGGAAACAGGCAAUUGGAUACGACUUUCUCAUUCUAGCCACGGGCUCGCAUACCAAAGGAGGCGCGCCGUUCAAAGAGCUAGGGUCGACGGAGGAGACAAAGCGCGUUCUGCACGACUUCCAGGCGCGAGUAAAGAAAGCUAGGACGGUUGUGGUGGCUGGUGCUGGCGUGACUGGGUGUGAAGUCGCUGGCGAGUUGGCGUGUGAGUAUGGGAUGGCGAAGAAGGUUACUUUGAUCGCCAGCGGCUCCACCGUCCUCCCAGAUCCCGUGACCCCCGCCUUCAUUCCCGAAUUCGUGGACAAAGAGUUGCGGAAACUGAACAUCGAUAUCAAACUGGAGACGAAGAUCACGGGCUCAGCUGAAACUGCCGACGGCCGGACGGAAGUCACGCUUUCGACGGGGGACAAACUGGUUACAGACCUCUACAUCCCGACGUUCGGACUCGUGUACAACACCUCCUACCUCCCCGCCAAGUUCGUGAACCCAAACGGCUCCGCCAUGGUGGAUGACUAUCUCAAGAUCAAAGGGGCUGGUGAGGUGUGGGCAAUUGGUGACAUGUGCGAUUUGGAUGGCUCGCAGUUCUUGAGUAUGGAGAGGCACUCGAUUUAUGUCACGAAAAAUAUCGGGUUGAUAAUGAAGGGAAAGCCGCCACUUCCUUAUAAGCGUAUCACAAGUCGGAUAAUGGGUCUCCAAAUUGGCAAGAAGGAAGCGGUCGGCCACUACGGAUCUUGGAGACUUCCGCGCUUUAUGAUGAUGUAUGCGCGGAAACAGUUGUUUUUGAACAGGUUCGCGGGGACGAUUGAUGGCUCUGAGUUUUGA